AUGGAUCCAUCCGCGCGACGGGAUCCGGAAUUAGAGGGAUCCGCGGAGAGCGCGCCGCCGGCGGAGCCUGCACCUGCCGGCCUUCGCCCGCGAGUCCCUGCGCACCCCUCCGCGAGCGAGCCCGUCCGCCGCUUCGAGCGAGUGCAGACCCUUCCUCAUCGUCCCGCUGCGCGCCCCACCUCACCGGAGUACUCGUGGGCCCCUGCGCGCGUUGCGUCGAACCGCCCGGACGGUCCGCCGCGGCAGGAGCGCGGACGGUCGCCCCCGCGUCAGCCUCCGCGGCAGUCCUCUCCCCGCCGCCCGUCUCCUGAGCGCCGCGAACAUCCUCAGCACGGGGAGGGCGAUCAGCGGAAUCCUGCGCAGCCUCAGUCUCCUCGUCGCCCAUCUCCUCGUGGUCGAACAGACCAGCGCUUACCCCGAGCGCGAUCCCCCGGGCAACUCUCCCCUCGUCAACCUCCGGCGACGCGGGGGAGGGGUUCGCCUGGACGUCGCUGGAAUUCAGGGCGCCGCGAGCAGUCUCCCCCGCGUCCGAAUUCGGCUGGAUCUGGAGGGCGGCGUGGCCGGCGGAAUGGCGGGGGGCGUGGCGGGAAUGGCCGCCAGCCGGAUCCUGCUCUUGAUCACGCCGCGAACACGUUCGUGGAUGUGGUGCGGCAGGCACGGGCGAGCGGGGGGCCGACUCACGUCCACAUCGAGGUGACGAAUGGACCCCCGUUCGCCGCGGAUCCCGGCCAGGUGGGCCCCCUGCGCGCGCCGACGCUGACCGAGUAUCUGCCCGCGCGGGUGGGGAGACCCGAGUAUCACUCCCCUCGUCAGGUUCCCGGCUUCUCCGCGGGGCGCUUGACUGUUGGCCGUGUUCCAGGCUGGCCGGCGGCGUUUCCGCGCGAAGUGCAGACUGCACCUCCCCCCAAUCCCGCGGGGAGAGACCCCAUGCUGACCAUGUGCCGGACAUUGAAUCUGGCGGAGGCGUGCGAGGUGGUGGCGAACUUGCAGCUGGCGGUGUGUGGGGCCACGCGGAGCUGUCCGGGCAGCCGGGACCCCGUUGGAGACGCUUCAGUCCUCGGCGCAUCUCCUCCUUGCGAUGUCGGCGUGCAUGCGCUCGAUGUUGGAGGAGGCGGGGGCGGAGCCGUACACGAUCUCUCUCUCUCUUCCUUCCUUCUCUCCCUCCCGUCUUCCUCUCCACUCCCUCUCCUCUCCCCCACUCGCCCCUUACCUCCCCCUCCCAUUCCUCCCAUCCCCUCCCAUUCCUCCCAUCCCCUCCCAUCCCCUCCCAUCCCCUCCCAUCCCCUCCCAUCCCCUCCCAUCCCCUCCCUCCCCCUCCCUCCCCCUCCCUUCCCCUCCCAUCCCCUCCCAUCCCCUCCCAUCCCCUCCCAUCCCCUCCCUUCCCCUCCCAUCCCCUCCCAUCCCCUCCCAUCCCCUCCCUUCCCCUCCCAUCCCCUCCCUUCCCCUCCCAUCCCCUCCCAUCCCCUCCCUUCCCCUCCCAUCCCCUCCCUCCCCCUCCCAUCCCCUCCCUUCCCCUCCCAUCCCCUCCCUUCCCCUCCCAUCCCCUCCCAUCCCCUCCCUCCCCCUCCCAUCCCCUCCAUUCCCCUCCCAUCCCCUCCCUUUCCCUCCCAUCCCCUCCCAUCCCCUCCCUUCCCCUCCCAUCCCCUCCCAUCCCCUCCCUUCCCCUCACAUCCCCUCCCUUCUCCUCCCAUCCCCUCUCAUCCCCUCCCCUCCCAUCCCCUCCCAUCCCCUCCCUUUCCCUCCCCUCCCCUCCCUCCCCUCCCCUCCCCUCCCCUCCCCUCCCCUCCCCUCCACUCCCCUCCUCUCCCACCCCUCAAUGUCACUCCCCUGCCUUAA